AAAUCAAACUAUGAUCACUUGUAAUGAAAAGCAAACUCACCAAUCGACCCAAACAACGCUUGGCUCUCCUUUUCCCUUUCUUUUCCUGCACAAAAGCUCCCCACUACCACCAGCAGCACGAUCCCAAUAACAAGUGUAAUAACUGGUACCCAUCAUUGAGUUCGAUCAAAACCAAGUACCAAAAAGCGUUUAACCCAAAAACCAAAUUCUAUUGAAAUCCCACAACAAUGCAGAAAUUAGCCAUCUCUGUGUUAAUUUUCAUCUUCUCAUUGCCACUCUUUGAUCACUCACUCGCCGAUUUGCUCGCCGAGCCGGCACAGCCGCUGAACCCGGGGGACUACUCGGCUCCGACCACCACACUCCCCUCGACUCCAAUCCAAACGGAGCCGCAGACGUGCCGGCUCGACAUCUCCGACGAGCUCUUCGGCGGCGUGAGCGCCGCCUGCGGCCGGGACCUCGACCGGAGCCGCUGCUGCCCUGUGCUGGCGGCAUGGCUCUUCGCCGCCCACGCUCGCUCCGCCCUGCAGCUCCCGGCGUCGGGGCCGGCGGCGGAUUCGGCCGAGCUGCCGACUAUGCCGGACGACUCGCAGAAGUGUGUGAACUCGCUCCAGAGUUCGCUGCUGAGCCGGAACAUACGGAUUCCGCAGCCGAAUGCCUCGUGCGACGCCGUUUUGUGCUUCUGCGGAAUUCGGCUGCACCAGAUCACGUCGUUGAGUUGUCCGGCUGCGUUCAAUGUUACGGCGUAUCGGAAUGCGACACCGACGGCGGCCGUGAGGAAUCUGGAGGAUAGCUGCCGGAAUUCGUCGCACGCGGGUUGUACAAAGUGUCUCGGAGCUCUAGAAAAGUUGAAGGGCGAGAGCAAAGCCGAAAGCAAACAAAGCGACCAAACAAGCAAGAUGUUGAGCAGAGACUGCCAGCUGAUGGGGCUAACGUGGCUGCUGGCGCGGAACAAGACGGCGUACAUACCUACUGUCUCCGCAGUCCUGCGCGCCAUCAUGUACAGCGCGCACCCGCUGCCCCAGCAGGAGGAGCCCAGGUGCAGCCCCGAUCACGAUAACAUGCCCCUCGCCGUCGAUUCCCUGCUUUUCGAAAAGGCCUCUACAUCGUCGUCUCCGUCUCUUCGACUGACGACGGGCGCUUUCCGGUUUCCGAUUCUGUCCCUAGUCAUGCUUGUUGGUCUGAUAUUGUUGUCUGUCUAAAGCUGCUGCUUCUUCUCCUAGUGUUGGCUGCUGCAUCUUUGACACCCCUGGUUUUUGGUUUGUAUUGUGGGGGGCUCGUUUGAAGCUAGUAGUUCAUAAGAAUGGGGGCAAUUUAGGAGGGUCCUUUUUGUCCAUUAGCUCACUGUAAAUUUAAGGCCUCAUUUUUGGGAUUUAUGUUCUGCUAUGUAAAGUAUGAGGAAAUCUCUACCAAUUGUUUUCCUUC